GCCACAGCGAUAACCAAACAUGGUAACUGUCAACAAUUGGGCAUCUGUUAUCAGUCAGUGUGUGUUGAUGAGAAGAGAGAUAAACAUAAAAAAAUGUUCAUAGUAACAAAGCAAAUUGACAGUGAAAAUAUCCGCAAACUUUGUCGCACGUGUUUAAGAGAAGACGGUGAAAAAAUGGUGUGUUUAUUUGUUGGUCCAGCAGGCUCCUCAUUGGCAGCGAAAUUGAGAUCUCUAUCAUGUUUAGAGGUGUGGCAAGGAGAUGGCCUCCCAGAAAAACUCUGUGACCGCUGUGUCACACGAGCUGAGUCAGCCCUGUUAUUUCGAGAGCAGUGCAGAGCUGCUGAUAGAGCUCUACGUCAAGCAGCAUCAAAGGUCUCUGGUCUCACGACCUACACAACAGUAUCCGGUUGCAAAUUAUAUGAGCAAAAUCAAGGCUUCACUCCAAUCGAAACCUCAGCGAAAACGUUGAAAUGCGUGGAGUGUGGGGCUGUGUUCAUGAAUUACCAAGAGCUCUGUCUCCACAAUCGUCUUCAUGGCCCAUUCGUCCAUGAAUCAGCCUUGAUGCAGCAUAUGCACAUAGUCGAAUCAAAUAAUCAGUACUUCACGACUGAAUCAUCACUGAAUGAUGCAGUCAUAGACGACAGUAGGAAUGUGCCAGUUGCAGCUCUAGAAGCACCAAAAACCGACAGGCCUGCCUGUGCUCUCCACUGCUCCCUGUGCAAUCACACAUUUCCCAACAGACAUCAGCUGAUAAACCACAAUUUUGCUCAUUGUAACGAAAAUGUCGACACUUCCUGUGACAAUGACAGUAUCGAGAUUGGAGAGGACUCGACUGAAAUUGCGGAGAACCUCAGCUUUCACCAGUACCCUAGGGAGCCUGAGGAUCAUCAGGCUAUUAUCAAUACCAUGGCUUAUCCCGAAAAUCUGACAAUUGCUCAGUCCCAAAGGAUUCAACCCGAAAUUUCUAACUCUGAGGCUGACUUGCCUGACAUUUCCACGAGUAAUGGCCCUCUGACUUAUCAAAAAUAUACGAAUGACAAGAAAAUCCAUAAAUGCUCGAUUUGCGAUAAAGUAUUCUCCCAAAAAUCCAAACUGAAAACUCACGAAUUAUCUCACACCGGACAGAGGCCUUUCAAGUGCAGGGAUUGUCCCAAGGCCUACACUUCCAAGAGCAAACUAAAUGCACACGUGAGGCUCCACACGCGUACUGAUCUCCACGAUUGUAAAAUCUGUGAUAAAAUAUUUUCGUAUCCGUCUUAUUUGAAGGAGCACAUGAAAGUGCACAAUGUUGAUGACAAAAAGGACGUUAAGGUGAGGGGGAAGAAAUUCGAGUGUUCAAUCUGUUGCAAACAAUUUCGAAUGAAGAAGAAUUUGAAGGCCCAUUUGAGGCUGCACACUGGAGAGGGUCUGUUUCACUGUGAAAUUUGCAGUAAAGUUUUCAGUCAAAAGUAUAAUCUGAAAAUUCACAUGAGAACACAUAAAGGGGUCAAGUUGCACAAAUGCGAAUAUUGUGCGAAAUUGUUUGCUGAGAAGGGGAAUUACACUGAACACUUGAGAAUUCACACGAAAGUCAAACCCUUCAGUUGUAAAAUUUGUGGAAAGAGCUUCGCUCAGUCUAGUCAUUUGAAGAGUCAUGAGGCCACUCAUGACUCUACGCGACCCCAUCAGUGCACGUUAUGUGGGAAGAGGUUCAAAUUACUGUCCCAUUUGAAACGCCAUGCUACUUCACAUUCUUCUAUUAAGAGUUUCAAGUGCAAUGAGUGUGAUCAAAUGUUUUCACAGGCAUUUAGCUUAAAGAGGCAUCUGAAGAGACAUUGUGAAACUUAGGAUUAAGCGUUUGUGUUUGGAUUAUUUUUUAGUAUUACUGUUUAAUAAAAAUUAACGUUAUUUCACUCGAUAGUUGAAA